CGGCCGUUAUUUCCGUUGCGGCCGUUAUUUCCGUUGGGCCCACUGGCGCCUCGCGUUCCUCGUCGCUCGCGGCUUGCGGGGCGAGCGUCUCGGCGCCGCCAUGGCCACCCCUCCGAAGCGCGGGCGGCGCGAGGGCGCCGUCAAGAAGAUCGCCGUCGAGGGCAACAUCGCGGCUGGGAAGUCGACCUUUGUAGAUAUCCUCAAGCAAGCUGAUGAAGACUGGGAAGUUGUUCCUGAGCCUGUAGCAAGAUGGUGCAAUGUUCAACAGAACGCUGAAGAGGAUGGUGAGGAGCUGAGCACGUCCCAGAGGAGCGGGGGCAACGUGCUGCGCAUGAUGUACGAGAAGCCGGAGCGCUGGUCCUUCACGUUCCAGACGUACGCGUGCCUCAGCAGGGUCCGCGCCCAGCUCCGCGCCCUCGACGGGAAGCUGCGCGAGGCCGACAACCCUGUCGUCUUCUUCGAGAGAUCCGUCUACAGCGACAGGUACAUCUUUGCAGCUAACUUAUACGAGUCUGAUUGUAUGAAUGAGACUGAAUGGACUAUUUACCAAGACUGGCACGACUGGAUGAACAAGCAGUUUGGUCCAAGUCUAGUGCUGGAUGGGAUCAUUUAUCUCAGAGCUACUCCUGAGAAAUGCUUAAAUAGGAUUUACUUGCGUGGAAGAGAUGAAGAGCAAGAAAUUCCCAUUGAAUAUCUGGAGAAGCUUCACUACAAGCAYGAAAGUUGGCUUCAGCACAGAACAUUGCGAACUGAUUUUGAAUAUCUGCAGGAAAUACCUAUUUUAACGUUAGAUGUUAAUGAAGACUUCAAAGGCAAAAAGGACAGAUAUGAUCACAUGACUGAAAAGGUCAAAGAGUUUUUGAGCACGCUAUAAUCCUCUUGGAAGCAUAGGCAGAAUCAAACAGUUGCAAACGUCUGUGAGAUCAAAGUCUGAAGUACAGCCUCUGCUUUCAUAGAGGGCCUCUGGAGAGGCAGGACUCAACCCUGUUGAUUAAUUGUGAGGAACAAACCGACUUUCUGUCGAGAGAAAUAAAUAAACCUAGGUCUGCUCACUGUUAUAUAAAAUAACAGGCAAMAAAAGUCUUGAAGGGACUUGAAUCUAGAGCUUCCAGAUGUUAGGUGUCUUUGUAAUUGGAGAAGUUCUGGAAUAUUUCAUGUUUUCAUUUAUUUUACUCCCAGUAUCUACUUCAUUUCCAGCAAGGUAGUGGUUUCUCUAGAACUGUUGUUGACUUCUUUCAUUGAUGUGAUUUGCUGCUGAUGACUUAACAUUCUGAGAAAGAAAACAGUGACAAUUAUUUCUGCUGGUGAGAGUAUUAAUAGAUUUUUUUUCAAAGUAAAAUAAGAUCUGACUAUUUUGAUAGGUGAAACACUUAGAAUUCACGGAUUUGAAACCAAAAGCUGAACUGCUGAAAUUUGGAAGCUGUUAGAUAGGAUUUUUGUUUUUGUUGUCAUGGUGCACUGUGAACUAGGAUAUUAAGAGUUUUUUUUUUCAUUUCUAUUGCAUGUUGCUUUGGGUUUUAAACUUUUUUUUUUAACUUUUUAUGAUAUGGGGUCAUUUUUGGUAGUUGCAAUCAUCUUUUUCUGUAGAUGAGUAGGUUCUCUUGAUGGAUAUUGCAAGGAAAAGAAGAACAUUUUGCCARUGGCCUUCAUUGCUAAACGAUGUGUCCCUAAACAUACUUGACUGCUUUUUAGAUAUCGGAGGGGGGUUCCUGUUUUUAUUUCAGCUUCUCCAUUUGUGAACUGGGACCUCGGGGUAUUUAUAGGUGAUUCUGCAGUUACACAGAUCAGACCUUCCCUUCAUGGGCAUGUUGCCUUAGGAAGGGGACAAGWUUGUGGCGUAGCUGCUGUUUUAUACAUUGCUUUUAUUUUAUUGUUUUGUGACUGUCACCUUUGUUUCAGGUGCAGAAAUAAUCUAAAUUAUACAGGCUAUGCAUUUUUCAAGCAUUGUAUUUUAGGCGCUGUUCUGCUUUAAACCUUUCUGAAUGAUCACGCAGUUGACUUUU